GAAGGAAGCACAGCUGGAUGAAGAAGGACAAUUUCUUGUCAGAAUAAUUUAUGAUGAUUCCAAAACCUAUGAUCUGGUUGCAGCUGCUAGCAAGGUCCUUAAUCUAAAUGCCGGGGAAAUCCUUCAGAUGUUUGGGAAGAUGUUUUUUGUGUUUUGUCAAGAAUCUGGUUAUGAUACAAUUCUUCGUGUCUUGGGCUCAAACGUCAGAGAGUUUUUGCAGAACUUGGAUGCUCUGCAUGACCACCUUGCUACUAUUUACCCAGGUAUGCGAGCCCCUUCCUUUAGAUGCACUGAUGCUGAGAAGGGGAAGGGACUUAUUCUGCACUACUAUUCAGAAAGAGAAGGUCUUCAGGAUAUUGUGAUUGGAAUCAUCAAAACAGUAGCUCAACAGAUCCACGGUACAGAAAUAGAUAUGAAGGUCAUUCAACAGAGAAAUGAGGAAUGUGACCACAUUCAAUUUUUAAUUGAAGAGAAAGAGUCUAAAGAAGAGGACUACUAUGAAGACCUCGACAGAUUUGAAGAAAAUGGUACCCAAGAAUCUCGCAUCAGUCCCUAUACUUUCUGCAAGGCCUUUCCUUUCCAUAUAAUAUUUGACAGAGAUCUGGUGGUCACGCAGUGCGGUAAUGCUAUAUACAGAGUCCUUCCACAGCUGCAGCCCGGAAAUUGCAGUCUGUUGUCAGUUUUCUCCUUGGUUCGGCCUCAUAUUGAUAUUAGUUUCCAUGGGAUCCUCUCACAUAUCAAUACUGUCUUUGUACUGAGGACCAAGGAAGGGCUGCUGGAUGUAGAAAAGCUGGAGUGUGAGGAUGAACUGACUGGCACAGAAAUCAGCUGCUUACGCCUGAAAGGUCAAAUGAUCUACUUGCCAGAAGCAGACAGCAUUCUUUUUCUUUGUUCGCCAAGCGUGAUGAACUUGGAUGAUUUAACCAGAAGAGGUUUAUAUCUGAGUGAUAUUCCAUUGCAUGAUGCGACCCGUGAUCUGGUUCUUUUGGGAGAGCAGUUCAGAGAGGAAUAUAAGCUGACUCAAGAACUUGAGAUCCUCACUGACAGACUGCAGCACACACUACGGGCACUGGAAGAUGAGAAGAAAAAGACAGACACAUUACUGUACUCUGUUCUACCACCAUCAGUGGCAAAUGAGCUGAGGCACAAACGCCCUGUUCCAGCUAAGCGAUAUGACAAUGUGACCAUUCUCUUUAGUGGCAUUGUUGGAUUCAAUGCCUUCUGUAGUAAACAUGCCUCCGGAGAGGGAGCCAUGAAGAUCGUUAAUCUUUUAAAUGAUCUUUACACAAGAUUUGAUAUUCUGACCGAUUCACGAAGGAAUCCAUUUGUUUAUAAGGUGGAAACAGUUGGGGACAAGUAUAUGACAGUGAGUGGUCUACCAGAGCCUUGCAUUCAUCAUGCACGAUCUAUCUGCCACCUGGCAUUGGAUAUGAUGGAAAUAGCAGGCCAAGUUCAAGUAGAUGGUGAACCUGUACAGAUAACAAUAGGAAUCCAUACUGGAGAGGUAGUCACAGGUGUCAUAGGCCAAAGGAUGCCACGUUACUGUCUCUUUGGAAAUACUGUCAAUCUAACAAGCAGAACAGAAACUACUGGAGAAAAGGGAAAGAUCAAUGUCUCUGAGUAUACUUACAGGUGUCUUAUGACACCAGAAAAUUCAGAUCCUCAGUUCCACCUGGAGUACAGGGGUCCAGUUUCUAUGAAGGGUAAAAAAGAACCAAUGCAGGUUUGGUUUUUGUCCAGAAAGAGUACAGAAACAGAGGAAACAAAGCAAGAUGCUUUCUGAGCUGAGGGAAGAGGAAGAGGAUGCUGGAUAGGGUGCAUUACUGUCUCCAAAUAGCGGGUCAGGCAGUAAGGUUGUUAUGGAUAUUACUUGUUACUUCACUGCAUAUCUCUCAUCACCGUGUGCAAUAUCACUAUCUUUUGCCCCAAUCCUGAAAUCAUAAUCACCAUUUUCUUCCAUGCUCUCUGCUGUGUUUUGGGUUUUUUUGUUUUUUGGGUGUUUUUUUGGCCUUAGUGUUUGGUGUUGUUAUAUCUAUACAGUGAGCAUGUAUUUCAGGCUUUUUUUUUUUAAUAUGUGUCUACGUGUGUGUCAGUCAUGUGGCCCUCCCUGCCACUAAAUAAUACCAAAUAGCAUUUUGUAAUAUGCUCACCACAGCUAACCACUUCAGUCUGGUGCUUCACAUAUAUGCUCUUCAUCUUCAUUUAUGCAGUAUAAUGUUUGUGUGAAUCAGUGACAUUUCUGGAAAGACAGGCCUUUCAAUUAUUGGGCAGAACAAUGAACCUAAAAAAACUAUUAUUUUUAAUAAUAAUGCAUAAAGCAUCAUUACAAAAACUACUGUAUAAAUGUCUAUCAGGUAUAGUUCUGCAAUCAUCAUGCUUUCCAUUCAUCCUGUGAAUAACACUUGAUGCACCGUGUUAAUUCCUGAUCAGAAAAAGGUAUCUCUUUUGAAGUCAACCUGCAUUUUCCCUUUGUAGACACUAUGUAUACAUUUUCUAUGUUAAAAGGAGGCAGUUUUUGUCCGAUAUUGCCGUUUGAAGCAUGUGCCAAUGUAUUUGUACUGAAACGCUGUUCACUUGCAAUGUAUUUCUCAUUGAUUUAUAUUAACUAAAUUAAGUAGCCACAUUAAUAAUAGAUUGCUCGACAGUUUUAGACCACCUGUAAUGCUUUGAUUCUUUUCUGAUAGAGCCCCUAGAAUUGAAAGCCUUACUGCUGGGACGUGGUUGGCAUGGUUGACUUUUGUUUUGGUCUCUCUAACUUUCAGAAAUUAUCUUACUUCAUUCCUUGGAAGGAUCUCGUCAUAUUCUAGACAUCACAUCAUGAUUAAGGGAUGUAGGGCUUGUAAGGAGACAUAGUAUCUUUUAUUUAACCAGCUGAUAGAGUUGGUGAAAGCAGUCAAGGUUUCAGACACAUAGACCUUCCAUAGCUUCAAUGUACAGUGCAUUUUUGUGCAAAUAAUAGCCAUUCUUAUCUGACUGAUAUUUUCUGAAUAUUUGCAUUAUAAAAUAGGACAGUGCAAUUACUUUGGUGUAUAAAAAUUGUCUAUAUCUAGUAUAUCUUAUCAGCACAAAAUAUAUAUGUAUAAAUGUUUCAUGUUAACAUGCGAAAGAAGUUGCAAUAAAUUAUUUUUUCCACUGAC